AUGACAACAAUGGAAGGGGCCAGCGGGUCGAGUUUUGGAAUAGACACGAUUUUGUCCAGUGCCAGUUCGGGCAGCCCCGGCAUGAUGAAUGGAGAUUUCCGCCCGCUCGGCGAGGCCAGGACCGCGGAUUUUAGGAGUCAGGCCACUCCGUCUCCCUGUUCGGAGAUUGAUACUGUAGGAACGGCGCCUUCCUCUCCCAUCUCGGUCGCCAUGGAGCCCCCGGAACCGCAUGUGAUAGCGGACGGCCCCCAGCAUCACCACCACCUCCACCACAGCCAACAGCCGCCGCCGCCGCCGCCGCCAGCCGCGGCCCCCACGCAAAGUUUGCAGCCUUCGCCGCAACCGCCGCCGCCGCAGCCACCCGCCCAGCAGCUGGGCUCGGCCGCCUCGGUCCCCAGGACUUCCACCUCUUCUUUUUUAAUUAAGGACAUCUUGGGCGACAGCAAACCUCUGGCGGCGUGUGCACCGUACAGCACCAGCGUCUCCUCUCCCCACCACACCCCGAAGCAGGAGAGCAACGCAGCACACGAGAGCUUCAGGCCAAAGCUCGAGCAGGAGGACAGCAAAACCAAACUCGACAAGCGGGAAGAGUCCCAGAGCGACAUCAAAUGCCACGGAACAAAGGAGGAAGGAGACCGGGAGAUUACGAGUAGCCGAGAGAGUCCCCCUGUGAGAGCCAAAAAGCCUCGCAAAGCCAGGACGGCUUUCUCCGACCACCAACUCAAUCAACUGGAGCGUAGCUUUGAGCGACAGAAGUACCUGAGUGUGCAGGACCGCAUGGACCUGGCAGCUGCGCUCAAUCUCACUGACACCCAGGUCAAGACCUGGUACCAGAACCGCAGGACCAAGUGGAAGCGGCAGACUGCGGUGGGCCUGGAGCUGCUGGCCGAGGCAGGGAAUUACUCGGCACUGCAGAGGAUGUUUCCGUCGCCUUAUUUCUACCACCCAAGCUUGCUGGGCAGCAUGGACAGUACUACCGCCGCGGCGGCCGCCGCAGCCAUGUACAGCAGCAUGUACCGGACUCCUCCUGCGCCCCAUCCCCAGCUGCAGCGGCCCCUCGUGCCCCGAGUGCUCAUCCACGGCCUGGGGCCUGGGGGACAGCCGGCCCUCAAUCCCCUGUCCAACCCCAUCCCAGGCACCCCGCAUCCCCGGUGA